CUUUGAUACUUGAGCUCGAAGCAUGGAGGCGCUUUUUCUAGACAAGCGAGCAGACAAAGUCUGUUAAAGGUUUGAAUGUAUAUGGUCACAAUGUGAAUGUUUAUGGUCACAAUGAAGGCCUUCAUCUUCGUUUUUCUCCUGGGAAUACAGGGGGCAGUGGCAGUGACCCACUCGCUGAAGUAUUUCCUUACUGCGUCCUCUCAAGUCCCAAACUUCCCAGAGUUUGUCACUGUUGGGAUGGUUGAUGAUGUUCAGGUUGAUUAUUAUGACAGCAACACGGAGAAAGCUGUGCCCAAACAGGACUGGUUUGCCAGGAACACAGAUCAGCAGUACUGGGAGGGGAACACUGAUAUCUCCAGGGUUCAGCAGCAGCUGUUCAAAGACAACAUUGAAACUGCAAAGCAGCGCUUCAACCAAACUGGAGGUGUUCACAUUGUCCAGCAGAUGUACGGCUGUGAAUGGGAUGAAGAAACAGGUGAAGUGAAUGGAUAUGAGCAAUACGGCUAUGAUGGAGAGGACUUCAUAAGCUUUGAACUGAAGACAGAGACGUGGGUCGCUCCUGUACAUGAGGCUCUCAUCACCAAACGGAAGUUGGAUCAUGCUCUGACUGUUCGGAAAAAGAACUACCUCACCCAGAUUUGUCCUGAGUCGCUGAAGAAGUAUGUGAACUAUGGGAGGAGCUCUCUGAUGAGGACAGUUCUUCCCUCAGUGUCUCUCCUCCAAAGGUCUUCCUCCUCUCUGGUCACCUGCCACGCUACAGGUUUCUAUCCUAACAGAGCCAAGAUGGUCUGGAAAAAAGAUGGAGUGGAGUUUCAUAAGGGUGUGAACAAAGGAGAGAUUCUCACCAACAAUGACGGGACCUUCCAGAUGAGUGUUGACCUGGAUGUCUCAUCAGUCAAACCUGAAGACUGGCACAGAUACAGAUGUGUGUUUCAGCUCUCUGGUGUGAACGAGGACAUCGUCACCAGACUGGACAAAGCCGUGAUCAAGACCAAUGAAAGAAGUUCCUUCUCCCUGAUCAUCACUGUUGUUGUUACUGUGGUUGUUCUUGCUGCCAUCGCUGUGAUCGCAUUCAUUAUUUACAAAAAGAGGACAGAGAGACCUCCCCCAUCUCCUGCAGAGAACCGUGAAGUCCAGGAGCAAAUGCUUCCUCAAGACUAAACCACAAACAGCUCUGCACACAAGAACCUGACAGAAGACGUGUCAGCUCGUUCUUCUCCAUAAACUGGAAUUCAUUGAAUUCGUUGAUUGUUCACAUCAUAAAAUCUGUUAAAAAAAGAUCUAAAAUCUAAAAUAUAGUUGCAGGUGGUUUGUGAGUCACACAAGAGCAGUUCCACUGCUGGUUCAGAUAGAGGGAGAGGAGGUGGAGGCGGUACAAGUACAAGUACCUCGGGCUGUGGGUGGACAACAAGCUGGACUGGUCAUGCAACACAGAGAACCUGUAUAAUAAAGCCCAAAGCCGACUGUACUUCCUGGGGAGGCUGAGGUCUUUUAACAUCUGCAGGAAGCUCCUGAGGAUGUUUUACCAGUCGGUGGUUGCUGGAGUACUUUUCUAUGCUGUGGUGUGCAGGGGGAGCAGCACAGCAAAGAAGGAUCAUCCAGG